UUGUGACACAGUAGGUCUCUGUCGUGUCUCUCUAUUAAGUUUAACCGCGAAGCCACACCUGCUCUCCUGCCAGUUCCUUUUACAUUACACUACUUUACCUCUCUUCUGUCCGUGCCCAGCUUUUUUUCUUCUGUUUCUCUGAUAACAACGGCGUGGCUUCUAUUGGACAUGGCAGUGAAGUUGAUGCAUGCCGUUCAGUAUAGCAGCUAUGGUGGAGGCGCCGCUGGUUUAAAGCAUGUUGAGGUUCCAGUCCCUAGUGCCAAGAGAGACGAGGUUUUGCUCAAGUUAGAAGCAACUAGUCUAAACGCAGCUGAUUGGAAGAUACAGAAAGGCAUCUUGCGCCCCCUUUUCCCUCGGAGAUUCCCUUACAUCCCCGGCACUGAUGUGGCAGGAGAGGUUGUGGAGGUUGGACCAGGAGUAACAAAUUUCAAAACUGGUGACAAAGUUGUAGCUGUUCUUACCCAUUGCCUUAGUGGAGGUGGACUAGCUGAAUUUGUAGUGGCUAAGAAGAGCUUGUCAGUUGCAAGGCCACCUGAAGUUUCAGCAGCUGAAGGUGCAGGCUUGCCUGUUGCUGGGCUCACAGCUCACCAGGCUCUCACUCAAUCUGCAGGGGUCAAGCUUGAUGGAAGUGGUAACCAGAAAAAUAUUCUGAUCACUGCUGCCUCAGGUGGUGUAGGUCACUAUGCAGUUCAGCUUGCAAAGCUUGGAAACACUCAUGUGACUGCCACUUGUGGGGCUCGUAACAUCGAAUUUGUGAAGAGCUUAGGUGCUGAUGAGGUUCUGGAUUACAAAACCCCAGAAGGAGCAGCUCUGAAGAGCCCAUCUGGUAAGAAAUAUGAUGCUGUGAUCCACUGCGCUGCUGGCGUUCCUUGGAGCACUUUUGAGCCAAAUCUGAGUGCAAAUGGGAAGGUUAUAGAUAUCAUUGUGGAGCAGUGAAUGAAAUUAAUGUGCUUGAAUUGCUAAAAUUUCUGUAACUGUGUUCUUGCCUAUACCAUGUGGAUCCGAUGCCAUACACAGCUGAAGAGGCAUUAUAUGAUGUGUGAUCUUGUAAAUAAUAGGGUUUGGGUUGAGUUUGAUAGCUAUUGAUUAUGUUUGUUCUUCAAUAUCAGAUGCUUCUUUUUUC